AUGCAACAGAGCAUGUCUAAGACCCCCGACCUGGCCCGCUGUGGGAUCCGGCGCACUGUCCUCCCUCCAACCGCCUCCAUACUGAAAAAUGUUUCCCAUUCCCAUGACGUAACCCCAGCCCACGCCUCGUCCCCAAAUUCCUGCGGCGUCGGUCGCUCCUGCGUGUCGGUCUCCACCAGAGACGGAAUCGAGCCGAGAGCCUGUCCACGCCUCUCCACCUCAGCCGCCCGGCAUACCCUCAUGUGGGCACCCUCGGCUGCCCCCCUGGCUGCUGCGCUCCCUGGGGUGCCCCGGUCAACCCCAGCUGCCCCCCUGCCAGCUGCUCUCCCUGCCGUGCUCCGGGCACCCUCGGCUGCCCUCCUGCCUGCUGCACUCCCUGUGGUGCCCGGGGCACCCUCGGCUGCCCUCCUGCCUGCUGCACUCCCUGGGGUUCCCCGGGCACCCUCGGCUGCCCUCCUGCCUGCUGCACUCCCUGGGGUGCCCCGGUCACCCCCGGCUGCUCCCCUGCCUGCUGCUCGCCCUGGGGUGCUCGGGUCAUCCCCGGCUGCCCUCCUGCCUGCUGCACUCCCUGGGCUGCUCAGGUCACCCUCGGCUGCUCCCCUGCCUGCUGCUCGCCCUGGGGUGCUCGGGUCACCCCCGGCUGUCCCCCUAGCUGCUGCUUUCCCUGGGGUGCUUCGGUCACCCCCGGCUGCCCCCCUGCGUGCUGCUCUCCCUGGGGUGCUCCGGGCACCCUCGGCUGCCCUCCUACCUGCUGCACUCCCUGGGGUGCCCCGAGCACCCUCGGCUGCCCUCCUGCCUGCUGCACUCCCUGGGGUGCCCCGGGCAACCCCGGCUGCCCUCCUGCCUGCUCCACUCCCUGGGGUGCUCCGGGCACCCCCGGCUCCCCACCUGCCUGCUGCACUCCCUGGGGUGCCCCGGGCACCCCCGGCUGCCCUCCUGCCUGCUGCACUCCCUAGGGUGCUUUGGGCACCCCCGGCUCCCCACCUGCCUGCUGCACUCCCUGUGGUGCCCCGGGCACCCUCGGCUGCCCUCCUGCCUGCUGCACUCCCUGGGGUGCUCCGGGCACCCUCGGCUGCCCUCCUGCCUGCUGCUUUCCCUGGGGUGCUUCGGUCACCCCCGGCUGCCCCCCUGCGUGCUGCUCUCCCUGGGGUGCUCCGGGCACCCUCGGCUGCCCUCCUACCUGCUGCACUCCCUGGGGUGCCCCGGGCACCCUCGGCUGCCCUCCUGCCUGCUGCACUUCCUGGGGUGCCCCGGGAACCCCCGGCUGCCCUCCUGCCUGCUGCACUUCCUGGGGUGCUUUGGGCACCCCCGGCUCCCCACCUGCCUGCUGCACUCCCUGUUGUGCCCCGAGCACCCUCGGCUGCCCUCCUGCCUGCUGCACUCCCUGGGGUGCUCCGGGCACCCUCGGCUGCCCUCCUGCCUGCUGCACUCCCUGGGGUGCUCCUGUCAUCCCCAGCUGCCCCCCUGCCUGCUGCACUCCCUGGGGUGCCCCGGGCACCCUCGGCUGCCCUCCUGCCUGCUGCACUCCCUGGGGUGCUCCGGUCACCCCCAGCUGCCCCCCUGCCUGCUGCACUCCCUGGGGUGCCCCGGGCACCCUCGGCUGCCCCCCUGCCUGCUGCACUCCCUGGGGUGCCCCGGGCACCCUCGGCUGCCCUCCUGCCUGCUGCACUCCCUGGGGUGCCCUGGGCACCCUCGGCUGCCCCCCUGCCUGUUGCUCUCCCUGGGGUGCUCCGGGCACCCUCGGCUGCCCUCCUGCCUGCUGCGCUCCCUGGGGUGCUCCGGCCAACCCCGGCUGCCACCCUGGCUGCUGCUCUCCUUGGGGUGCCCCGGGCACCCAGGGCUGCCCCCCCGCCCGCGGAGCUCCCUGGGGUGUCUCAGUCGCCCCCGGCUGCCCCUCCGCCUGCUGUGCAGCAGCACCGCUUCCAGUGCGCCCUUGCGACUUACAGGCGUGUCGUCUCCCGCCUCGGCCCCGUGCCUGGGUUCUCUUCGCUUGGCUUGUAG